AAGCUACCUUCCUGGUGGCGGUGGGUCAACAUGCGGUACGCGUCGACCAGUAACCAAUCUGCCUCCCUCAAGUUGGUUAAUGAAGAAGAAAACAGACACGGUGUGAGUCAUGGCUCUUUGCAUCUUCUUCCUCGUAAUUCUCACCUUUCCUUUCUGGCAUUCCUCUGCUCUCACGUCGUUUGAAGAACCUUCUGGGAUGUCCAGAGAAUCUACCUGGUUCAACAACAAAUCGAUAACUGACACCAUCGGCUAUGGAGAUGGCUCCUUGGCGAGGUUAAUCCUUGAGUCGAAUAGCUCCAAUCCGGACAGUCCGGUCUUCGCAUGCGGAUUCAUCUGCACCGGCACCUGUGAUUCCUAUUUCCUCGCAGUUGUUAUUCUCAGAGAAAUCAACACCAGUGCAACCGAUCCACAAGGAGGCUUUCCAGGCGUGGUUUGGUUAGCAAACAGAGAUCAUCCCAUAAGAGAGAAUGGGACGUUGUCUCUGACGUCCGAUGGAGAUUUAGUACUGCGAGACUCAGAUAACACCAAGAUCUGGUCUACUGACACGUCCGGUAUGUCCAUUAUCGGAAUUUUCCUUCAAGAAGAUGGAAAUCUUCAGCUUUACAGUGCCGACUUCCCGGUUUGGGAGUCGUUUAAUCACCCGACCGACACAUUGCUCCCCGGUCAGAACUUAUAUGAGGGCCGUCGGCUUAUUGCCAGUUCCUCAGCUAAGAAUUGGAGCAGUGGGCAGUACUACGCUGAGAUGACUUCUGCUGGUUUCGCUGCGUUCGUUGAAGCAGAUCGACCAUUGAUGUAUGUUCAGUUGAUGCCGGGUCCAUAUCUUAGUGGAAGAUCGACUCCAACUACUUCAAAUACGACAAUUAGGUACGGGGAAUUGAAUCCAAAUCUGACUCCGCAUACCAGAGGUUGUCCAUAUACAAAACCAUGCGGACCGAUUUAUGAAAACAGAUCAACAACUUAUGCAGCACUGGAUGGUGAAAACCUCGCCCUCACCAUUGAAAAAACCAACUAUAGUAUUCGGAUAUGUCCUGACUCUGCCGACGGAUCCUAUCACUACCUGAGGCUGGGUUUCGAUGGGCAUUUGAGGACUUAUCGGUGGCAGAAAAACGGUGUUUUGGAAGAGGUUUAUGAUUUCGUAGUUCAAACUUGGGAUGACUGCCAGUACCCUCACGAUUGUGGCGACUAUGGAGUUUGCAGAGGAGGCGGCAAUUGCAGUUGUCUGAAAGCGCUAAAUGGGUCGGACCACUUCAAGCGAAUCAAAGGACCAUUGCCAAACCAGGGAUGCUCUGAAAUCACUCCUUUGUCUUGCCAGAGUCCAUUAGAUCGUCAUCGUCUUGUGGAUUUUGGAAACCUUUCCUACUUCAACUUCAUCGAUUCACGUGCUGCCGAUCAGAAGUUGAAAGAUCUAGAUGGAUGCAAGCAGGCAUGUUUGAAAAACUGUGAUUGCAAAGCUGCUUUCUUCAAGUAUGGCAGCAACACUUCCGAUGGAGACUGCUAUUUGCUGUCCAAGAUCUUGUCGAUACGAGCAAACCCAAUACCAGGCGCCGACGAUUUCAAUUCAUCUGCAUUCUUCAAGAUUCAACUCUCUUACUCAGCACCACGUCUUCCGCCUCCUCGGUUGGUGAUUCCACUACCUGUUAAGUCCAGAAGCAAGGUGCCUUUAGCUGCAGUAAUAUCAGGGUCUGUAGCAUUGCUAGUUGUUUUUAUUGUAUCUGCUAUCUGCGUUGUGAUUUCAAGGAAGAAGAAGAAGAGAGAGGGAGAUCAUGAAAGGGAAUAUUUCAAACCAGUACUGGAAAUGCCUCGGAGAUUCUCUUAUGAGGACCUGCGUACUGCAACGAAAGAUUUCAAGGAAAAGCUUGGAGAAGGAGGAUUUGGAUCCGUGUUUAAAGGAAUUCUGGAAGAUGGAACAAAAAUUGCAGUGAAACAAUUGGAAAACAUAGGACAAGGAAUGAAGGAGUUCUUGGCGGAGGUUGAAACAAUAGGCAACAUCCACCAUUUCAAUCUCGUGCGGUUGAUCGGCUUUUGCGCAGAGAGAUCUCACCAACUUCUAGUUUACGAGUACAUGAGCAAUGGGUCUUUGGAUAGCUGGAUAUUCGAUAGAAAUAAGAAUCAAGUUCUAGAUUGGCUGACCCGAAAGAAGAUUAUACUUGAUAUAGCAAAAGGAUUGGCUUAUCUUCACGAAGAAUGCCGGCAACGAAUCGUUCAUUUGGAUAUCAAGCCUCAGAACAUUCUCUUGGAUGACAAUUUCAAUGCCAAAGUUUCAGAUUUUGGGUUGUCGAAGCUGAUGGAUAGAGACCAGAGCCAAGUACAGACGACAAUGAGAGGAACUCCAGGAUAUCUUGCUCCGGAAUGGCAACAGCUUAGAGUUACCUUGAAAGUAGACAUCUAUAGUUUCGGGAUUGUUGUUCUUGAAAUUGUUUGUGGAAGGAAGAACUUGGAUCGCUUUCGUUCAGAACAAAGCAAGCAUCUGCUGAGGUUGUUGCAGGAGAAGGCCGAGGAGAACUGUCUGAUUGACAUCAUCGGUGGGUCAAGUGCAGAUAUGCAAUUGCAUAGAGAAGAAGCCGUGAAGAUGAUUAGGCUCGCAGCGUGGUGCUUGCAGGAUGAUCAUACAAGAAGGCCUCUGAUGUCUAUGGUGGUGAAGGUAUUAGAGGGAGCAAUGGAAGUAGAGCCAGAGAUCAGUUAUAGAUUUUGUAAUGCCAUGGUAAAUAAUCCUACCACUAGGGCGGAUUCCCUCAUCUCCUCUAAUCCACAGCAGGCAUCUGUGCUCUCAGCACCUAGAUGAUGGAAGUUUUUGGUUGCGCAAGGAAUGAAGAUUGGCAAGUCCGCGUACAUGUUUACUUCCCUUCUGUUGAUUUUUGUUGUAAACCGAAAGUUCAAGUGUUUGGUCUUUUAACUAGUACUUUAUAUUUGGAAUUAUGUACUGCGCAAUUGCUUUCAAGCUGCCGUUGGAUUUUGUUUGUAAACUAGACUUGUUAAUUUGGUUGAUGAAUUAUUACAUUGUUGCUGCGUUUGGAUGC